AUGACGCCUUGUUCUGAUACGCACCAUCAUGUAGACACUCCUACUUGUAGUUACGCCAUUUCUAUCCAGUUUGAUGGUCAUGUCAUCCUCCCCUUUGGUGUUAUCGAGCAAAAUGUCAUUCCCGAGCCGCCCGGGUCCGGGAACCAACCGCGCGUGUUGCUGCGGGGUCCAGGCCGGUGUCACCACUCCUACUACCUAAUCUCGCCUAACCCCCAGACCCUACUUCCGUCACGACUUCCUCUCACAAUGGGCAAGAAACGAAAGGUCAGCUCUCGCUUCCCAGACACCCCAGGCCAGAGGAAAAAACCCAAGCCCGGGAACCAUGCCGCUCCGCCGCCAUCCAAGCAGCGACAACAGAACAAGACGACAGGCGGCGGCGACCAGGGCCGGGGAAAGAAAAAGUCCCAACACCGCCAAUUUCACUCCAAUCAAGCCUCUAUUAUCCCGUUCGAGCCGGACGAUCCCAUCCUUCUCGUCGGCGAAGGCGACCUCAGCUUCGCAGCCAGUCUAGCCGCCCACCACGGCUGCACCAACCUCACGGCAACAGUUCUCGAGAAAAACGAGCGCGAAUUGCUAGCCAAAUAUCCUCACGCGGGGGUCAACAUAGCCCAGAUUCUUGCGCCGAAACCCAAGCAUUCCCCACCAGAGGGGGACGGAGACAACGCCGAAGUCGCAGAUAUCGCAGAAGACGUCACCGACGAUCCCUCCACAGACGACGAGACAAGCCGCACAACAAGAGGCAACGCCAGAAACUCCAACAACAACAACAACAACAACAACAACAACAACAACAACAACAAAAUACUCUACAACGUGGAUGCCACCCACCUCAAAGCCUUCACCACAAAACCCCCCCGCCGACCACCCCCCUCACAACCCCCAUCCUCCCGCCGCCCCGCACCCCCCGUCCAAAAGACCGGCCGCUUCCGCCACAUCAUCUUCAACUUCCCCCACGUAGGCGGCAAAUCCACCGACCUCAACCGCCAAGUCCGCCACAACCAAUCCCUCCUCGUCGCCUUCUUCCAGCGCGCCGUCCCCUCCCUCGCCCCCGGCGGCGACAUCAUCGUCACCCUCUUCGAGGGGGAGCCGUAUACCCUCUGGAACGUCCGCGACCUCGCCCGCCACGCCGGCCUGGGCGUCGAGCGCAGCUUCCGCUUCCCGUGGCCUAGCUACCCCGGUUAUCGCCACGCGAGGACCUUGGGCGUCGUGAAGAGCCGGAGUGUGCGGGAGGCGGAAGGGGGGAAGGGCCGUCGUGGCAAGGAGGGGGAGAUGGAAGACGAGGGGGAGGGGAAUGAGAGCGGGGAGGGAUCCGACGAAGCCCUGGACCAACACGACCAUGGCGAUGGAGGAGAAGAUCGAGGAGAAGAAGAAGAAGAAGAAGACGACGACGAGGAAGAAAAAGGUGGAGACGGGCUCCGAACGGGAGAGAGCAAGACUGCAUGGCGAGGGGAGGACAGGGCGGCGAGGAGUUAUGUUUUCCGGAGGAAAGAGGAGGUCGGGACGGAAGAGAAAAAGAAGAAAAACCAGAAGAGCGAUGAUUCGGACACGGAUUGUGAUUGAAUUUGACGGACAGAGAUUUCGGAAAACAUAUCGCCGCUAUCAUUUUGAUGAAAGGAAAUCUCACGAUACCCAUGGGGUUGGCUCAGGGUACACGGGUUCGACAGCGAAGACAUAUACUAUCUAUCAUAUUGCAUGGGCAAAGAACACCGAAUCGUCUAUAUCUUAGGAGAGAAGAAAUUGCCUCCAGCAAAUUCCAGGUUCUAUCUGGGCUCUGACAUGCCAUACAGUCAAUGAAGGAGCUGCUUCGGGGUGCUCGGCGAGUCCAGAAAAAUCAUCAGAAACAAGAAUUGUUCCUCUCCAUUCUCCUGUCAUGAGCAUGAAAAGACGUAAAUAUCUUGUG